AUAACCUGUCCAAGCUUGUCGUGCAUCAUCAAGAUGCAUCACAUUAAGAUGGAGUCGUGUAGGAUAUCAACGCUUUAUCGAGUUAGUUGACUUGAAAAUAAAGUUUCAUAGUUAUCUUUAGUGAACAUAUUAAUUUUGUAAGAAGUCCCGCUAAAAUGGCUAAUCCGGGCAACAGGAUCGUCGUUCUAAUAGACAUGGAUUGCUUCUUCUGUCAAGUUGAAACAAAGUUGCAGCCGCAAUACACGGGAAAACCGCUCGCUGUGGUUCAAUAUAAUCAAUGGGAGAUGGGCGGGAUAAUAGCUGUGAAUUAUGAAGCACGAAGUUUUGGAGUAACUAGACACAUGAGAGGCAAGGAAGCUAAAGAAAUAUGUCCGAAUAUAGUUUUAGCUAGUGUGCCUUGUCUUCGUGGAAAAGCAGAUACAACCAGGUAUAGAAAGGCUGGUCGUGAAGUUAUUGAAGUCAUAAGAAAACACUGUAAUAUGAUAGAGCGUGCUAGUGUCGAUGAAGCUUAUCUUGAUAUUACAAAUAUUGUUGAGAAAAGAUUAGAUACAAUCUCCUCAAAAGAACUAAUAUCGUCUCUUGCAAAUACAUAUAUUGUGGGAUAUACAGAGGUUGGCAAGAACAAUGAAGAGGAGAGACGUCAAGGGCUGCAGACAUGGAUAUUAAACUCUUCUAGGGAGCUACAUGACACUCAAGCACAGAAGCUUGCAGUAGCAGGUGUUAUAGUUGAAGAAAUAAGAGCCAAUAUAUACAAGGAGACUGGAUUUAGGUGUUCGGCUGGAAUCUCGCAGAAUAAGAUCUUAGCGAAAUUAGCAUGCGGAUUACAUAAACCGAAUUGUCAAACGAUCUUACACGAGGCGGCGGUCGCGAGUCUCUAUUCGACGCUCCCGGUAAAGAAGGUCAGAAACCUCGGUGGGAAGUUCGGCGAUAUCGUAGUCGAGUCUCUUGGUUGCAAGGUUAUGGGUGAUUUAAUGCAAUAUCCUUUGGAACAACUACAAAAGCAUUUCGACGAGAAAACAGGAUUAUGGCUGUACAAUAUUGCCCGAGGUAUAGACAACGAGCCCGUCACCAACAGGUUGCUAUCGAAGUCCGUUGGAGCGUGCAAGAAAUUUCCUGGAAAACAGGCCAUUACCUCCUUAGAAGUGUUGAAACAUUGGGCUGGAGACUUGGCGGCGGAAGUUUGCGAGCGGCUCGAGCAAGAUCUCGCGGAGAACCAGCGACGCGCAACGCUGCUCACCGUCUCUUAUCAUUACUAUCAAAACAGAAGCACCGUGUCCCAAUCUCGCUCGCUUACCUUGAACUCGUACAAGCCGGAAAAAAUAGCGAGCCAUUGCGUGGACGUUAUCACUAAAUCGACGCUGUGUCCAAUAGCAUACAUGGGCAUUACCGCCGGCAAGUUCAUACCGUCGAAGGAGAGCGGUAGUUUUUUGAAAUUCUUUAAAACCGUUAAGCCGGAAAGUAGCGAUAAAGUAAAUCCUGUCAUCGAUCAAUUGAAGACGACAAGUCAGCCCGGAGGUGAAACAAGUCUCAAGUCGAAUUUUGAAGUAGCAGAACCUCCCGUCAUCACUAUCUACGAUCAGCCUCCAAAAGCAGAAAGGGAGAAGCUUUCCGCUAUUGUUACCAGCAAGGAAGAGUCGAUUCGAAAUACCGAGGAAUCGGUCGCGACAACGAGCGAAACGGUGGCAAAAGAAAGUAAGAGAAUCGAUAAUUCGUUGAACAUAGACGCGGAGGAUUCACCCACGUCGAAGAAAGUCUUCAAGCUGAUGCAGGUGUGCAAGGAGCGCAACAAGGCCAAGUUAAAGUUGAAACGCAUGUCGAGCAUGGCAAUAAAUAAUAACGAUUUUCAAAAUUCCUUCUUCAUGAACAUAUUCAAGACUGAUAAGAAAGAUAACUGCGAGAACGGAAGUUGCGGGGCUACGGAGGAAUCGGAACGAGGCGAACAAUCGGCUGUGAAGAGUCUGGAUACCAGUAAUUCCGACUUGUAUAUACUAGAGAAUGAGGACGAGAACGAUCACGAGAGACCGUCAUCGAGUCGCGCAGCUAUUCUCGUGCACGACUCCUCUGAGAAGAAGGAAAGCACUGUGCAAAAUCCUUCGACGUUACUGCGAGAGAUAUUUCCAAACCUGGACGACAUGGAUCCCAAUAUCCUACUUAUACUACCGCCUGAUUUGCAGGAGGAGGCGAGGUCGUACGUGAGAUCGCGCGAUAAGAAGCGGGAGAAAGUUUCGCGGGAUCCGCCGGCGAAGACGGCUAAGAGAAGACCCGGCAAGUCCAAAGCAAAGAGACGCAGCCCCCUGUUGGACAACUUCCUGAUCAAGACCGACUCGAGCGAGCCUUUGGAACGGUGCGCGGAAUGCGGUCAGAUGAUACCCGUAACGAGGUACGACGAGCACACGGACUUCCAUAUCGCGCAGAAUCUGUACCGAGAGAUCAACAAACCGGGUGAGAAUAGCGUGAAAAGGAAACUGGAAGGCGCCGAAGUUGUCGUAGCAUCAAUCGCGAAACGUCAGCCGAAUAAUGACUGCAAGCUCGACAGAGAUUCACGAUCGAUAACCACGUUUCUGUCGUAAUUAUGCUUCGCUAAAACAUUUUUAUUAUUGGUAAUUGGGCUUUCCGUCAAUCAACAUUUUAACGUGCCUUUUGUAACGAUUAGAGAAAUUAUAGGAGAAAUAUUUUAUGUAUGUAUAUUUUCUUUUUAUAAUUGUAAAUUAUAUAGUUGGAGAUGUUUGGUUUUGUGAAACUUGCCUGCAACGUAUUUCUAUAUAAUUAUAUGUAAUAUAUUAACAUUUGAAAGAGAAUACUAUAAUAAAUUAUAUUCUAUCAACUUA